UUUGUUAUCUCUUGAUGAGUUCAGUUUGAAACCCCGUUGUGUGCGUACCAUUCGCCCUCUGUUGGUUCUUGCAGUGCAUUCUUUCUGUGUCCCCUUCUUGGAUAAUAACUUCGAAUUUUUUCCCCCACAUACAGAAGUUGUGUGAAGCAUUCCAGACGCAUUUGCUGCGACGAAAAAAGACAAGGCAUAUGAAGGCAUGAGAAUCCAGUGUCACUGUUUGAUAGGCGCGAACUUUUGAGAGAAGAGAAGCUAAUUAUUUCCCCCUUCUUCUUUCUUUUGUGAAAAGGAUUAAUGGUUGGAAGCCUUGGUUUAACCAUUAAUCUAAGAAUUAGAACCAACAACUGGUGUGGCAAAUUUUAGGAAAGUAGACCGGGACAGAGGAAAAAUGGGGUUGAAGACCAUGUAUGGUGGUUUGCUGAAGACGCUUUUCAUUCUAGUGCUGCUUCUUCAGGAAGGGAGAUCCCUGGACAUCGUCGUCACGAACGGGGCCUACAGCAAUGUUGUGGUCGCCAUAGGGGAUGAUUUGGAUGAAAGCAGCUGCAAGAUUUACGUCGAUAACAUCGAGGCAAUGAUUAACAGUGCAUCACUUGUGUUAUACUCAGCAACAAAAGAGAGGUUGUUUUUUUCUUCAGUUACAAUACUGAUCCCUAACAAUUGGACAUCUUGCGGGCCAGUGAAAAUAGAUCCAAAUGUAGACCAACUUACCUUUGAAGAGUCCCACAUUAGAGUUCACUCCCCCCAUCCUUUCUUUGGGAACAAUCCUUGGACACAGCAGCCACGGGGAUGCGGUGAUCCUGGAGAGUACAUAUAUUUUUCCCAUGAUUUUCUGUCUGAAGAAUCACCAAAAUUGGGAUCACAAGGCUCUGUCCUUGUUCAUGAGUGGGCCAAGUUCCGUUGGGGUGUUUUUGAAGAAUAUGGCCAUGUUGGUGAUAGCAUUUUCCCACCAGCAUACCACACCUCUGCAACAGAUUGGCAGCCUAAUUAUUGUACAGAUGGCACUGUAAAUGUAAAUUAUCAGUAAGUGGUUUAUAGUUCGAAA